AUGGCUAACGACGACCGUGCCGUGUCCGAGGACUCGUUCGAGUUCAUCGAGACCCCUGCUGCUCCCUCGCCCGCACCGGAGGCGCAAGAUUAUGGAGUCCGAACCACCUCUUACCCGGCCAUCAAAAACGCCCCCGUGCCCGCCGAUGGCCCAGGCAGCGAGAACUUCAACAAUCUGCUCCUCUUCACCCUCCUCGCCGCCAUCCCUGGCUACUUCACCUGGCAACUCCGCGGCGGCCUCAUCACAUGGAUCAUCCUCGCCCUCCUGACCGCCAUCCCCAUCCUCGUGGCCUUCUGGACCAUUGCCUCGUCCAUGUCACCGCGCCUCAACGAGAAGGCGCGGUAUGCCGGAGCACCCAUCGAGCACUACCUCGAGUUCAAGAGCGAGGCCGACAAGAAGAAGUAUCGAGGCAAGAACCGCAUCCCCAUGGAGACCUUCCACGAAAAGUACUUUGCGGGCGAGGUCGACUUCAAGGGCGAUGCUCUGGAAGUGAUGGAAUACCGUCACGACUGGGCCAACUUCCGCUUCACCCUGUCGCUCUUCUGGUUCUUCCUGACCGGCAUGAUGCCCGAGGUCAUCAUGCACACGCGCUCGCAAGACGAAGAGCAAGUGCGCGACCACUACGACCGCGGCGACGACUUCUACGGCUGGUUCCUCGGGCCCCGCAUGAUCUACACCUCCGGCAUCAUCUCCGACAUCAACCACGAGGAGAGCCUGGAGCAACUGCAAGACAACAAGCUCGGCAUUGUGUGCGAGAAGAUCGGCCUCAAGGCCGGGGAGCGCCUGCUCGACAUCGGCUGCGGCUGGGGCACGCUCGCCAAGUUUGCGUCGGUCAACUACGGCGCACAGGCCACGGGCGUGACGCUGGGCCGCAACCAGACGGCCUGGGGCAACAACGGUCUCCGCAAAGCCGGCAUCGGCGAAGAGCAAAGCCGCAUCCUCUGCAUGGACUACCGCGACAUUCCCGUGCCCGAGGGCAGGUGGAACAAAAUCACUUGCCUCGAGAUGGCGGAGCACGUGGGCGUGCGGCACUUCAGCACCUUUCUGCGCCAGGUGAACGACAUGCUCGACGACGACGGCGUCUUCUUCCUGCAGAUCGCCGGGCUGCGCAAGAGCUGGCAGUACGAGGAUCUGAUCUGGGGCUUGUUCAUGAACAAGUACAUCUUCCCCGGCGCCGAUGCGUCCACGCCGCUUGGCUGGUUCGUGGAUUCGCUCGAGGGCGCGGGAUUCGAGGUCAAGGGCAUUGACACGAUUGGCGUUCAUUACUCGGCGACGCUGUGGCGCUGGUAUCGCAACUGGAUGGCAAACAAGGACAAGGUGGUUGCGAAGUACGGCAACAAGUGGUUCAGGAUAUGGGAGUACUUCCUCGCAUACAGCACCAUCAUCUCCCGACAGGGCAGUGCGACGUGCUACCAGAUCACGCUGGUCAAGAACAUCAACUCGACGCAUCGCAUCGAAGGGGUGGGCAGCCAAUACAGCCUCAAGGGCGCACUGGACGCCAGCCGGGCGGCGGGCAAGUCAUUCUUCCCGGGAACGAAAUGA